AUGUUUCAAGUAGAAAAUGAUGCUAUUUCAACACUAUCAUUAAAUUUGCAAAAUGAUAUCCGUUCCAUGUAUAAAAGCCAAUUAUAUAAUUUUCCAACUCUUGUUAAUGGUGGGCAAAUUUUAAAAAUUUUGAUUUUUGAUAUUUUUGGACCUGUUCGGAAAAACAUUGCCCGGUCACCCGGAUGA